AUGGAGGAGACUGGGAGGGAGAGGAAGGCGGCGGGGCCGCCGCCGUGGGCGCCGACCAAGUCCACAGUGUUCCGGUCCUACGCUGCUGCGGUGGUGGGCGACCGGGCGGAGGCGCCGUCCGCCCGGGGCAAUGGGGUUGCCGCCCGUUCAAGCAAUCUACGCGCCGUCAGGAAGAGGCCUAUUGUUGCAAGAUUGACCAGAGACAUCGUCCAAACUUUUGAAAAAUGCAAUCCUGAGUUUAAUUACGUAGAUUCACUAAAUCCCAAGCACUUCCUCACCAGUCCUGCAGUUCCUGUUCACAAUGAUGGCCUUGAUAAUGCAAAUUCUGACCUAAUCUUGUAUGUCAACUUGGAAUUGGUUAAUAAGAAGUCAGACCGGAGGUACAUUGUCGAAGAAAUGCUUGGCCAAGGUACCUUUGGGCAGGUUGCUAAAUGCUGGGAUGCAGAAACCAACAGUUAUGUUGCAGUGAAGGUUAUAAAAAACCAGCCUGCCUUUUAUCAGCAGGCUAUCAUGGAAGUCUCAUUGUUGAGCAUGCUAAAUGACAAAUUUGAUCCUGAUGAUCAGCACCACAUCGUCCGGAUGCUGGAUUUUUUUCCAUGGAAAAAUCAUUUGUGCAUCACAUUUGAAAUGCUUGGUCAUAACCUGUACGAGCUGUUGAAAAAGAACAACUUAAGAGGUCUGCAACUGCAAUUUGUCCGUACUUUCUCAAGACAGAUAUUGGAUGCAUUGAUUGUCAUGAAAGGUGCUGGAAUUAUUCAUUGUGAUCUAAAACCGGAAAAUAUCCUCAUAACACCGAAAGUAAACUCAGCAGCUGGAGUUAAAGUAAUUGAUUUUGGAUCAGCGUGCAUGGAGGGUAAAACGAUUUACUCGUAUAUCCAGAGCCGUUAUUACAGGUCACCUGAAGUGCUUCUUGGCUAUCCUGCUAGAUACACUACCGCCAUUGAUAUGUGGUCAUUUGGCUGCAUAGUUGCUGAACUUUAUAUAGGUCUACCUUUAUUUCCCGGAGCAUCAGAAUACGAUGUCCUUAGCCGUAUGAUUGAGAUUGUCGGUGGGCAACCACCAGAUGAUCUUCUUAGGGAGGCUAAAAACACCAGGAAGUUUUUUAAACAUGUUGGAAGCAUUUAUCCUGGUAAUGAAGCACAUGAUGGUCUUUGCAGUUCAUACAGAGUACUAACAGAAGACGAGGUUGAAGCAAGGGAUUCCAAAAAGCCAAAAAUAGGGAAAUGGUAUUUCCCUCGUGGGAGGCUUGACAGACUCAUAUUCGCGUACCCUUGGAAGAAUUUAAAUGAGGGUAAUCUGCCAGAGACUGAAAAGGAAGAUUGCUUAGCAUUGGUUGAUUUUUUGAGAGGACUUGUUGAGUUUGAUCCUAAUAAGCGAUGGUCACCAUUGCAGGCUUCAUAUCAUCCAUUCAUAACUGGUGAAGCCUUCACUGGUCCUUAUGAGCCUUUCCGUGAGACCCCAGUAAUUCCUGUUGGUCGUGCUGCAACAGUUGAUCACAAUCCUGGAGGAGGUCACUGGCUAGCUGCUGGCCUUUCCCCUCAGGUUGGAAGCAUUAACAGAUCCCUACCGUUCAAUAACAUUUUUCCGCCAAAGAUGCCCUUUUCAUAUGGAAGCAGCUGCGGCAGCUUCGGUAGCCGUGGUAGCUUUAAUGAUAACGUAGGUCCUCCAAGCAGCUAUGGAAGCUAUGAUGUCAAUAACGUUAACAUGUAUCAUUCACCACUAGGCCCUUCUGGGUUCAAUUUACAGUCACAAGCUGGAGGAACAUUUCUAGGAUUUAGUCCAGAUAUUAGAAGAAGGCCUCAUCUCUCUCAUGGUGUUGGCAUUCGACUAAGUCCUGGUGGUCCAGGUCCUAUGUCUCUUGGGGGCAGUCCAUCACAAUUUACUCCUCCAAAUUCCCAAACGCAAAUGCCAACUAGCGCUACUGCUAAGUAUGUUGCCACUUCUCCUGCAAGGGGCAGUCAUGGCUCCUCAUUAGGAAAAGCCGCUGUGGUAGGCCAAUACAAUAGGAGAAGGAAUCUUGGUCACCCUCCUAUGUCAAUGCCACCACAUGAGUACACAUCUCAGCUAAUCCAGGGACCUCAUGGAGAUAGUGUCAGUUCAGCAUUUGUUCGAGGACAUUCUGGCUAUUCAUAUGGUGCACUUCCUAAUUCUGGUCAUUAUAAUUGGAGGCCGCAGAUAGGUGUUAGCACUGGUUUAUCCACAAACUCUUCUUCCAAUCAUGGUUAUGUUCAACCAUCUGGUUACAAUGAUUUCCGUCCUUUGCACUCAUCCAAUGUGCGAGCUGAUACAUCAACCUCUUCAUCAGUACCAGAUCCAGCUGAUUGGGAUCCCAACUAUAGCGAUGAGUCACUCCUGCAAGAAGAUAAUUCACUAUCAGCUGAGUUAGGCAGUGUUCACCUGAGAGAUGCAAGUGGUCGAACAAUCCAGUCUGGCAGAUUGCCCAAUAUCCAAAGCCAUGAUAUUGCAGGCUCGAAUCAAAGAAAUGACUUCCUAUUUCAUGCACCGUCUCUCAGAGAGAGUGGUCAUUCAACAGGCCGCGUCAACUAUGAUAGUUACAACCAUGCCAAUUAUUCCCAGCGAAAUUUUGCUGGUCGUCAGGGACAACCAUUUCAGCGGUACAACCAUAUGAAUUCCACCUCUAUACGCCCGACGGGGAAUCUCCAGAAUGUUCAAUCUGCCUGGUCCAAAUAUGGCAUGCCAGAUUCUACUUCGCCCCCUCGGAUGGUUGAAGGGAUGCCUUGGGGUAAUGAAUGGUUUCACUGUUGUGCACUUGGUGGUCUUUUAUUGAUUUUGUUGUUGACAUUGCCAUGGCUAUUAUGUUCCUGCCACUUGCAAAGCAGGAGUUCUGUAAUAAUGCUAUGUAUGAACUUGUUCUAUUCCAGUCUUAGAUGA